CGCAUAUAAGCCUUAUUUAUUAAGUAUAUAUAGGGUUUAAUAUGUUAAAUCUAUAUAAUUUGUUUGCAGGUCUAUCUAUAUAAGAAAAUUGAGGCAUAUAUUUGAAUAUAAUAUUAUAUGCAGAUCAUCUUAAAGCAUUGGUGUAUUUAAUUAUGUUUUUUUGAUUUUGGGAUGCAAGAAAUUUCUCUUUUUUCUGGAAUUAGUUGUCAUAGAAGGGAAAAAGUGAUACAGUUGCUUGAACGACUUACAGGUAGAAAACAGCAUGAAUUUAAAGAAUGGCAUUUAGUCUAUGCUCCUCCAGCAUCUUUAGAGUCAGAUUCUGCAUUAUUGGUACGACCUGAUUUGUAUCUUCGACUUAGUACAUCCUUGACCAAUAGUUGUCUUGUCGAUAAUAAUUCAAAUAAUGAUUUCCUUUUAGCACCCAAUGACACGUCUAAUAUUUUAAUGCAAUUUUCCUCAUACGAUUGGAAGAUAUCACUCGUUGAUGCGCCCGAUAUGGGUGUAAAACGCCCGGUAACAUCUCGAUUGUACCUUCAAUCGCGUGUUUUGUCUGGAAAUGUGUUUGCAUUUCUUGAAGAACUUGAUUAUGUGUUUCAUUUUGAAUAUGUGAUGCAGGGUGUGCAAUUUAUAUAUGGAAAUUGUAUAUUAAUUUUGUUUCAAACAUUGCGUCCUUUAGAGAAACAUUUAUUGGAAGAUUUGGUACAUGUAGAUAUUUCCGGUGGAUGGAUACUUCAGGCAUCUGUUUAUAUAGAGGAUGCAAGUGAUCAGGCACUUAUGACUCAAGCGACAGAUGAAUUGGCUCAGAUACGUAAGAUUUUGAAUGGUAUAUGCCAUCUCGAGCCAGUAACUGAUAAUCGAUUAAGAUAAGUAUAAUUAUAAUAAGA